CAAUAAUCAAUUGUAAUUUGACAGGCUCCUGCAAAUGACUUCCGCCAUAUUGGAUAAUUGCAAUCUCGCUUGAUCAUGUGACCCAAGACGAGAUAACACAAAUUUUGCCGGGAAAGCACUGAAAAUGACAACAGAGACGAAAACCAAAGCUAAUCUUCCAUGGGUGGAAAAAUACCGGCCUAAACAGCUAGAUGACCUCAUAUCACAUGCAGAUAUUAUCACAACAAUUGACAGAUUUGUAAAGGAGGACCGGCUCCCCCACCUGUUGUUCUAUGGACCGCCUGGUACAGGGAAAACCAGCACCAUUUUGGCAGUUGCCAAGCAGAUCUACUCACCAAAAGAAUUCAAUUCUAUGGUCUUAGAGUUGAAUGCAUCUGAUGACCGUGGAAUUGGAAUAGUGAGGGGACAAAUCCUGAGUUUCGCCAGUACAAGAACAAUCUUCAGGUCUGGCUUCAAGAUAGUGAUUUUAGAUGAAGCCGAUGCCAUGACUAAUGAUGCACAGAACGCAUUGAGAAGAGUGAUAGAAAAGUUUACAGAGAACACCCGAUUCUGUAUAAUCUGUAACUACUUAUCAAAGAUAAUCCCCGCACUACAGUCCAGAUGUACGCGAUUCAGAUUCGGGCCCCUUGGUACAGAGCAGAUGGUUCCAAGGCUAGAACAUGUCAUUGCAGAGGAAGGGGUGAACAUCACUGGUGACGGUAUGAAGGCUAUCGUGACACUUGCCUGUGGGGACAUGAGGAGGUCUCUCAACAUUCUCCAGUGUACUCACAUGGCGUAUGACAAUGUAUCGGAAGACAACGUGUAUACCUGUGUUGGCCACCCGCUACGACGAGACAUUGAGAACAUCGUCAACUGGGUCCUUAAUGAGGGUUUCACUGUCGCCUAUAACAAUAUUUUUGAUCUGAAAACUGCCAAAGGCCUGGCACUGCAGGACAUUUUGACAGAAGUCCAUCAAUAUGUUCACAGAAUUGAUUUACCUGUGCAUGUAAAAAUACACCUGUUGGAAAAAAUGGCCGAUAUUGAGUACAGACUAGCAUCAGGAACCAGUGAAAAAAUCCAACUGAGUUCUUUAAUAGCAGCUUUUCAAGUAGCCAGAGAUCUGAUAGUCCAAGAGGCUGAGUAACUGUAAAAAUAGAAUAAUAAAAUCAAUUACAAAGCGACCACAGACCGGGAAUAUAAGAUAGCAUCAGGUGUCCAAGAUGUCAGAAAAGGAAAAGAAAAAAAACCCAUGUAAAUACAGGUCUUUUCUAAAAGAUAAAAGAAAAUAUUUGAAGUUUUAUAGUUGCUUAUGACAUAAUGAUGUUCAAAAGGACAAUAUUUUGGGACAUAACAUUAUGUACUAUACAUACAUUUUUGUAUGUGUAUAUUAAUACAAUCCACAAAAAGUGCUAAUUAAGAUCAUGGAAAACAUGCAAAAUUGUUAAUAUAUAGAACAAUGAUUAUAUUUGCAAGAACAUCAGAGAGGUCCAAUGAGUUAUCAGAUGUAUAUGUAAAUAAAAUGUGUGUAUGAAAGUGUGCAUGGAUGUACAAUGAAUGUGAAAUAAAAUAUUUACAAUAUACA